AUGAAGCUGCCACAAUACGAGAACAAACCGUUCAAGUCGCCAGUAGUAUCCAUUGGUAAUCGCACAACUCAACAAAGUUUUGAAGGAUCCGUGGCUCGCACUUAUGCUCCCAAACCAUCGCAUCUUGGAAAUAGUCAAAAAACUAUCAAAAAGCGUCCCAUAGAAGCACUAACAACACCUUCAACAUCCACAACAACCUCCGUUGUUAAGAAUUACUACUUUACUACGUAUCGCAAGCGUACUACAAAGAAAAAUAAGACUUGGGAUGGCGAUGGGUUAUGUACAGAGCUCGAAAACGGUGGGUUUCGUUUCUAUAAGGAAAACGGACAAUUUAUGGGCAGUGGUAAAACUAGCACUGCGGAUGACAUAUAUGAAAAAGUAUUCUCGUGUGCUGGAUUUGAGAUCCAGCUCGAUUCUCAGAUAUGUGAGGAGCCAGAAAUGACACGAAUUGCCGCCCUUCUUGGCAAAUCCACUAAUACUUCUGCAGUCCCUUCAAGACACACUAGUAUGUCGCCUUCGCCACCAAAAAUUGUGGAUUUGAGGGUGCAGAAGCCAAACAUCGAGACGAUACCGGUAAAAAGGUUUCAACAAUCUUCCCAACGUAUACUCUCUGCUUCGAAGACUGGAACAGCUUCGUUUACACCGCUUUUCGACUCUGCUAAAAUCGAAAAUGCGCUAGUAAUGAACAAUUUCGAAGAAGCAGAGGUUGAGGUUGUCGUAGAUCCGAUACUAUCAAGACACCUUCGACCCCAUCAACGCGUUGGUGUCAAAUUCAUGUACGAUUGCGUCAUGGGACUGUCUAGGCCUACGGACUACGAAGAUGACGGAAACACGAUAAAAAGGCUAGAGAAAACAGACGGGCUAAACGGCUGUCUUUUAGCCGAUGAAAUGGGGCUGGGUAAAACGUUGAUGACAAUCACGCUGAUAUGGACGUUACUCAAACAAACACCACUUCCAUCAAAAACUACUACAGCCAUGUCAGGAUUAGUUCACCAAGGUGUCUGCAGUAAAGUACUGGUUAUUUGUCCUGUAACACUAAUAGGAAACUGGAAGCGGGAGUUCCAGAAAUGGUUGAAUCUCAACAGAAUUGGCGUGCUGACUUUGAGCACCAAAAGUACGCCUGAGAAAGACAAACUGGAAGUUCGCAAUUUUUUGAAGGUCCAGAGAUCAUAUCAGGUUCUCAUAAUAGGAUAUGAAAAACUUCUCAGUGUGUCAGAUACCCUAAUCGAAUGCCGCUCGAGCAUAGGUAUGCUUGUCUGCGAUGAGGGCCAUCGGUUAAAAAAUGGGCAAUCAAAAACGCUAAAUGUGCUUAAAGCCCUGGAGGUACCGCGGAAAGUGCUUCUCACAGGAACUCCAAUCCAGAACGAUUUAUCAGAAUUUUAUACCAUUCUGAGCUUCCUUAACGAUGGCAUUUUGAGUUCGUACCCCAAGUUCAAAAGAGAUUUCAUAAACCCUAUCGCUGCAUCAAGAGACGUCAAUAAUAAGUUCAAUGAAGUUGUGCAGGAGAAGGGCGCAGCCAAAAGCCAAGAGCUUAUUGAACUGACGAAAAAACUAACUUUACGAAGGACCAGCGACACGAUCGCCCGUUUUCUUCCGCCAAAAACCGACGUCAUCUUAUUUUGUCGGCCAACUUCGAGCCAAUUGAGAGCUUUCGAAAAAGUGCUGAGGAAUACUUCAAUCAACAUGUCAAAUAUGACAUACAGCUCAUCUCUAGCGCUUAUCACACUCUUCAAAAAGAUUUGCAAUUCACCAAGCUUGGUACAUCAAGACACAUUCUAUCUUGAGAAUGCCAAAUCAAAUGUUGCAAUGACAGAUGCCUCUAAACCUGACUCUGGUAAGCUCAGGGUAUUGAUGAAUAUUCUUAAAAGCAUACAAACCUUUUAUUCAGAGGAAAAAGUGGUCAUUGUUUCGAACUACACGAGGACUCUAGAUGUAAUCCAAAAUUUGUUAAACGCGCAGAACUUUUCCAACAUCAGACUGGAUGGCUCUACUCCCAGCAAAGAACGCGACAGAAUCGUGAAUACAUUCAAUUCGGCACCAUCAAUAUUUACCUUUUUACUGAGCGCGAAAUCGGGUGGAGUGGGUUUGAAUUUAAUAGGCGCUUCUCGUUUGGUACUCUUUGAUAACGAUUGGAAUCCAGCCAUUGACCAUCAGGCCAUGUCCAGAAUACACCGAGAUGGUCAAGAAAAAGCUUGCUUUAUCUACAGACUCUUUUCAACCGGUUGUCUUGACGAGAAGAUCUUUCAGCGGCAGUUGAUGAAGAACAGUUUGAGCUCGAAGUUUAUGGGAGGACCAGGAAAGGCGACAAAUAUGGAGUCGAAUGAUGACCUAUUUGCCGUUGAAGAACUUAAGGAUCUCUUCACGGUUCUGACUGACACUCCAAGCAAUACACACGAUUUGAUCUGUGCGUGUGCGGGCUAUGGAGAAGAACAAGAUGAGGACAACACAGAAGACCGCCCACCUGCUAAAAAGAGUCGUUUGGCAAAUGCCGGCAGUUCACAGCUCGAAGGUUGGACAAAUGCCAUGCAGCUACAAACUUUAAUCCAAAGCUCUCAAGAGGAGAGUAUUGCUGAAAAGGCGAGACUGGUAAGAGAGUGUUUGGCAGGCUACAAACACAUUAACCCACAAAACCAACUAAACCCAGAGCCUAAGCUGGCUAUAGACUGGGAAGGCGACAUAACAUUUGCAUUUCUGAAGGAAUAUACUACAUAG